AGGUACAACAAGGAGAUGCGGAAGGUACAAUCACAGUGUAGUACGUUGUGGUUCAGCAGUUGUACCCGAUGUCCUUCCGCCGUCGCACAGUCGCAGUGGCGCCUUCUCAGCCGUAUAAGACACUCACGCAAUCAGAAGAGCCCUAAAUCGAAGAACAUGGGUUUAUCUACGGAGAUGGACAUGGAUUCGGGUAUGGCUACGGAGCACGAUCGCGAUCCGACGGAGCAGCCGGCUGGGGCUAAUGGUGCGGAGGAGCAAACCGAAUCUCAAUCCAUGGCUGACUCGGAGCAGCAGCAGAGUGAGAAUAGCAGUAAUGUUAGCAGCAGCGGCGGUCCCGGCGGCGGAGGAGCGGUGGCGGCGGGGCCUCGGUGUGCACCGACUUAUAGUGUGGUGAACGCGAUAGUUGAGAAGGAUGAUGGCCCUGGGCCGCGGUGUGGCCACACGCUCACGGCGGUGCCGGCCGUGGGGGAGGAAGGGAGUCCUGGCUAUAUUGGUCCCAGAUUGAUUCUCUUUGGCGGGGCGACAGCUCUGGAAGGAAAUUCAGCAGCAUCUGGAACUCCUUCAUCGGCUGGAAGUGCGGGAAUUCGGUUGGCUGGGGCUACUGCGGAUGUACACUGUUAUGAUGUUUUGACCAAUAAAUGGUCUCGAAUUAAUCCUUUUGGAGAACCACCCACACCUAGGGCAGCUCAUGUGGCAACUGCUGUUGGAACCAUGGUUGUUAUUCAGGGUGGUAUUGGUCCAGCGGGCUUGUCGGCUGAAGAUCUCCAUGUUUUGGAUCUUACGCAACAACGUCCUAGGUGGCAUAGGGUUGUGGUCCAAGGUCCUGGGCCAGGCCCACGCUAUGGGCAUGUCAUGGCUUUGGUUGGGCAACGAUAUCUUAUGGCAAUUGGUGGAAAUGAUGGAAAACGACCAUUGGCUGAUGUGUGGGCUCUGGACACGGCUGCAAAGCCAUAUGAAUGGCGUAAACUGGAACCAGAGGGUGAAGGCCCGCCUGCUUGCAUGUAUGCAACUGCAAGUGCACGUUCUGAUGGCCUUCUUUUGCUUUGUGGUGGGAGGGAUCCAAAUAGUGUGCCCUUGGCUAGUGCAUUUGGCCUUGCCAAGCAUAGAGAUGGUCGAUGGGAAUGGGCCAUAGCUCCUGGUGUUUCGCCGACUGCAAGAUAUCAACAUGCUGCUGUUUUUGUUAAUGCACGUCUUCAUGUGUCCGGAGGGGCUCUUGGUGGUGGUCGCAUGGUCGAGGAUUCCUCUAGUGUUGCUGUUUUGGAUACUGCAGCUGGUGUCUGGUGUGACACAAAGUCUGUUGUUACGAGUCCCAGGACUGGUAGGUACAGUGCUGAUGCUGCUGGUGGGGAUGCCGCAGUUGAACUGACCAGGCGCUGCAGACAUGCUGCUGCUGCAGUUGGUGAUUUGAUCUUCAUAUAUGGUGGUCUACGUGGAGGGGUGCUGCUGGAUGAUUUGCUUGUUGCAGAAGAUUUGGCUGCCACUGAAACCACCAGUGCAGCUUCUCAUGCAGCUGCCACAGAAGCUGCCUCCAAUUUGCCACAAGGAAGGUUGCAAGGUGGCUAUGGAUUUAGUGAAGAUAGGAAUGGAGACCCUGUGUCUGAUGCUGCUGCUGCUGAUGCAGUAGUUGUUGGAAAUCCUGUCGCUCCCCCCGUUAAUGGUGAUAUUUAUACAGAUAUAAGCACAGAAAAUGCCAUGAUCCAAGGUUCCAGAAGAUUGAGCAAAGGUGUCGAGUACUUAGUUGAAGCUUCUGCAGCAGAAGCUGAGGCUAUUAGUGCUGCAUUGGCUGCAGCUAAAGCCAGACAGGUUAAUGGAGAUGUCGAACUUCCUGAUAGAGAUCGAGGAUCAGAGGCUACUCCUAGUGGGGAACGGACACCUACUUUGAUCAAGCCUGUUUCUCCUGUGUCAAAUAAUUUAGUCCCAACUGGAGUUAGACUGCAUCAUCGUGCUGUGGUUGUAGCUGCGGAGACUAGUGGUGCUUUAGGUGGAAUGGUCAGACAGCUUUCUAUUGAUCAGUUUGAAAACGAAGGCAGGCGGGUCAGCUAUGGAACUCCGGAAAGUGCGACUGCAGCUAGGAAACUGUUAGAUAGGCAAAUGUCAAUUAACAGUGUACCAAAGAAGGUGAUUGCUCAUCUUUUGAAACCUCGUGGUUGGAAACCUCCAGUUUGCAGGCAAUUUUUCUUGGAUUGCAAUGAGAUUGCUGAUCUUUGUGAUAGUGCUGAGAGAAUAUUCUCAAGUGAACCAAGCGUACUACAGUUGAAAGCUCCUAUUAAGAUAUUCGGUGACUUACAUGGACAGUUUGGGGAUCUUAUGCGACUGUUUGACGAGUAUGGAGCGCCUUCUACUGCUGGGGAUAUAGCAUACAUUGAUUAUCUCUUCCUUGGAGAUUAUGUUGACCGUGGUCAACACAGCUUGGAAACAAUUACUCUUCUCCUUGCUUUGAAGGUCGAGUAUCCCCACCAAGUCCAUUUGAUUCGUGGAAAUCAUGAAGCUGCAGAUAUCAAUGCUCUCUUUGGAUUUCGGAUCGAGUGCAUUGAGCGUAUGGGUGAGAGAGAUGGGAUAUGGGCUUGGCAUCGGAUAAAUAGGUUGUUCAACUGGCUUCCUCUUGCUGCGCUGAUCGAGAAAAAGAUUAUUUGUAUGCAUGGUGGUAUUGGGAGAUCAAUAAACCAUGUAGAACAGAUUGAGAACAUUCAGCGCCCGAUUGCUAUGGAAGCAGGAUCGAUUGUACUUAUGGAUUUGUUGUGGUCUGAUCCCACAGAAAACGACAGUGUAGAAGGACUGCGUCCGAAUGCAAGAGGUCCAGGAUUGGUAACUUUCGGGCCUGACCGUGUUAUGGAAUUCUGUAACAACAAUGACCUUCAAUUGAUUGUCCGGGCACACGAGUGCGUGAUGGAUGGAUUUGAAAGAUUUGCUCAGGGACAUCUAAUUACCCUCUUCUCAGCGACCAACUAUUGUGGCACUGCCAACAAUGCCGGGGCUAUAUUGGUUCUGGGUCGAGAUUUGGUGGUUGUGCCAAAACUGAUUCAUCCAUUGCCACCCGCGAUUUCAUCUCCAGAAACUUCUCCCGAGCGCCAUAUAGAAGACACAUGGAUGCAGGAGCUAAAUGCUAACAGACCACCCACCCCAACUCGGGGCCGUCCACAAGUUGCCAAUGACCGAGGUUCUGUUGCUUGGAUUUAGUGAUUUGCACAUAGCAGAAACAAUUGUGGAAUGCUGGAGAACUUGCUGGUGGGAUUCUAACUGCAGUCUGUGUGUCUGUAAGCCACUUUUUGGAAAUCUCCAUAACAAAGUCGGCAGCCGAGGUCCAUGGAGUGCUGUGGUGUGAUGUGUUCGAAAAGGCAACCUGGCUAAGACCGGAAGGUGAGGCCUGCGCGGGGUUGGUUGGGUCGGCCACGGCUGGCUGGCGCAGGUGUAUUAAUUUUAUGUUUUGUUUUAAUUUAUUUGCUGUGUUUUAAAUGCAUAAACGGCGUGCUUGUGGUGAUAUAAUGUCUGUGUUAAGCUUCCCCCUCAGCUGUUGAUUAUAUAUAUAUAUAUAUAUAUAUAUUCAUGUGUGCACAAUAGAGAGGGGGAGUGGGAGGGUGGUGUUCUUGUGGAUUCAUUUUUUUUUCUAUGUAAUGUAGUAGAGUACAGUCCAGUGUAGUAGUGUAACUAUAUUGUGUAAUGAAGAUGAAAAAAAAAAAAAAA